AACACAUGCUGUGACAAAACGGCUUUAACAAAUGAGUUUAGGUAAGUUAAAUGUGAGAUCAAAACUAAAAAGAACUCUGGUCUGGAUUGAGCAGAUUAUUUGUGGAUGCAUAUUAGAGUGGAUGAUCGAACAAAUUAACUUUUCUUUCAUUCAUACUCACAUUUGAGCAUAAGUUAACAUGAACUUUUAAAAAAGCACAGUUCAACCUGGUAGGGGGAAGAGUACACUUUGCAGUUUACACAAGAAAAAAGAAAGUACCCCCUUUAGAAUCUGCCAGAAAUUGUGUAAAUCCCCAAAGAUUACUCUUUCAACAUAAUCCGUUUACACUCGUUCACUGCAGCUCUUUAGGGAACAUAAGGCCACAGCCAGAGAGAGAGAGAAGAGGUCCAUAACUUCUUUGAAAUGACUGAGGAAAAAAAAAGUUAUAGAUGAUCUAAAAAGAAGCGGGGAUCAAAGUAAAGCCAUGCAAAUCAGAAAGCGUCUCAAUUGUUGGUGGGGAAAACGUCUUACUCAGAGAUGAAAAGCAGAUUUGCAGAUUCUGUGAUUUAAUGUCCUUUUUUGAGAAAAGUGUAAAAGGUUUUUCUGAAUGUGAUAUAACUACCAAUCAGCUGGCUGAAAUACGCAUUUCUACUAUGUGUACAGAGAAAGCCAAAUUUAUCUGACCGAAGCUAUCUGGGGUCAGCGAUGCACAAAUAACAAAACCUGGUAAGCAGAAUUCAAUUUUCAAUUCAAUUAGGUUUAUUUAUAUAGCGCCAAUUCACAACAAAUGUAUUUUCAGGGCACUUUGUUAAGUCAUUUCAACUAAAUUACACAUACUUUCUAGUUGAUCUUGGUUAUCACACGGUCCAGUAAGCUCAGUUUAUUAUUUAAAUUAGUUUUAAAAGUUUUCUGUCUAAGGAAAUCCGGCAGAUUACAACGAGUCGUUGAUUUGCUUGCACUGUGUCAUUAAAUUCACAACAAUCCAUCACACCAAGCAUGCAUGGAGCGACAGUGGAGAGGAAAAUUCCCGUUAACAGGAGGAAACCUUCAGUAGAACCUGGUUCAGUACGAGGCCGGACCGACUGGGGCUUUGAGAAGACAGAGCAGAUACACCAAAAAGAAACAAAAAGAAGUAAUGUAGGAGUACUUCAUGUUAAUGAAAGCAGGAGAGCGGCACAUUUCAUAGCUGGCAGCAGCAGUAAUUCAAAAGAUACGACUGACAUUCUGUAUGUUGGUAAAUUGAAGGGUAGAUUCCAAAAGUGCUCAAAAGAUAAUGCAGUGAUGAGAGUUAUUGUGCAACAUCUCAAAAUGUGGUGGGUAACGUACAGCUCAGCCUGCAUAUAGUGGAUUUGAAUUGCUUUCGAAUUCCAAAUGGAAGAGAAGCAAUCUCCUUAGUAGUAGUUGUAAAAGCAGAUCAAAUAUCGAAUCCGCUUCUGAACUGCUCAAGAUGGCCUACACUGUCCAGGCCAACACUGCUGUGAGGGAUGUAAAGAUGCAGGAACAUGGGCGCUUCCUCAACAUCUGAGCGUUUAACAACAGCGCUGCAGGAGAUCAGCUCAAAUGUAAGAAAUAUGAAACAGAUGGAGUACUUCGUUUUGUGCAGGCGAACCAACCAGAUCAAGGAGGAGCUCAGACAGGGAGUAAGAAAGUCCUACAGAGAGGUGAUCGAUGUCUCCUGGGGUGACCCACACAGGGCAGGUGUGAAACCUCUUUCUUUUGUAAGACAGGUUCUUGCAGCUUGUCUCUACCCUCAGCUUAUGGAUGGAGACAAGCUGAUGGGGGAUGUCAAGGAGAGGGCUCAGCGGCUGCUGAGAACAUGUGCUGGAGGGAGUGUCGGUUCUUACUCUGACAUAGCAGGAAUACCACAAAUAGUUCAGAGCGUCUCCGAAUACAUUGUGAGACGGGAUGGAGGGGUUCCAUGUCACCCUAAAAACAUUUACAUCACCCCAGGCUCACAGUGGGCACUCACGAACAUUUUAAAGGUCUUGGUGAAUUCCGAGGCCUCACCCAGAACUGGAGUGCUGAUCCCAGUGCCGUGCCACUCCACCACUAUUAUAUCCCUAACGGCGCUGGGAGCGGUGGCGGUUCCCUAUUACCUCAGGGAGGAGCGGAGCUGGGCGCUGGAAGUGGAGGAGCUGCAGCGAGCUUUGGAAUCUGCAAAGGGAGUUUGCAACCCGGUUGCUCUGUAUAUUAUCAACCCUGGAAACCCAGCCGGUUAUGUUCAAAGCAGGAAAUGCAUGCAAGAGGUGAUCCGUUUUGCUGCAGAGAAGAAGCUUUUUCUUCUAGCCGAUGAGGUGUAUCAGGACUGUGUUUAUGGGAAGGAAAGUGAAUUUGUCUCUUAUAAAAGAGUUCUGGCUGAGAUUGGGGCUCCUCUGUCAGACACAGUGGAACUAGCGUCCUUCCACACGGCCUCGAAAGGCCUCAUGGGAGAGUGUGGUCUACGUGCUGGGUACGUUGAGCUUGUGAACCUUGACCCUGCCGUAAUGAAGUACAUCCACAAGCUAUUCUCCACCAACACCUGUCCCGUUCUGGGACAGAUUGCCUUGGAUGUGAUGGUGAAUCCUCCACAACCAGGAGACCCCUCAUACCCUCUCUAUUUGAAGGAGACGCAGCACAUCAGGGCCUCGUUAGCUGAAAACGUGAGGAGGGUGGAAGAAGUCAUCAACAGCAUCCCUAGUUUUAGCUGCCAAUCGCUGGAAGGAGGAGCAUUUGCAUUCCCAAGAGUGUUUCUUCAACCCAAAGCCAUUGAGAGAGCCAAGGAGGCUGGACUGCAACCAGACACAUUUUACUGCAUGAGACUUCUGGAGGAGGCAGGAGUGUUGUUUAGUCCUGGGACUGAAUACGGACAAAAGGAGGGCACCUACCACAUCAGAUUUUGCAUCAUGACCCCCACAGACACCAUGGAAGAAAUACUGAAACGCUUGAGCACCUUUCACAAACAGUUUAUGAAGGAGUUUUCAUGAAAACAGAAAAAAGUCUCUUCUGACAUGGCAGUCAGUAAAAAUAACAAAAC